AUGCAAGGCCAGAAGCCUGAGAAUAAGAAAGAGAGGUAUGGUGCUGCUUUCGUGUCCAGUGUUAAUGAAAGGCUUGCAAACGAACCCAAGAAACGUGGCAGACCCAAAAAGGGAGCUAUGGAAUCUGGGAAUGAAACAAAUAAGGUGGAUAUAAAAGGGUUGUCAACAGAAGGGAAACUUAUAGGAAAUGCAUCUUUGUCAGAUUCUGAUGAAAGCUAUGGGAUUAGUGGGGGGAAGCGACCAAGAGGAAGGCCUAGAAUUCAUCCUCCUGUUGAAAACAAAAUGAAGAAGUCACGUGGAAGACCGAGAAAGGAAACCCUUGAUAGUAAGAAACUGCAGGAGGAUCUUGACUCACAGCCUAUUGUAACCUACCGAAUGAGACCCUCGAGUCAUUCUGCUACUGUUGGUGAUGAUCAGUCAUUGGUUAAACGCGGUCCUGGCAGACCACGGAAGAUACCUAUUGCAUCUGAAGCGCCUACCCAGGUGGUUGAGGGAAAGAGAAAACCAGGUAGGCCACGAAAGAACCCAGCAGAAGCUCUAAAAUCAAAUAGUGAACCUUCAGUUAGAAGAGGCCCCGGUAGACCGAGGAAAAGUGUUGUCAUUUCGAGUGAAAAUGCGGUGCCUGAAGUGAAGCGGGGUCCAGGAAGACCAAGAAAGUCCAUUUUUGAUGCUUCUGUAAGUACUAACAAUGCUUCAACAAGAUACUCUCAGACUACACAUAGCGGAACACGUACUCAAGGUUUAACGAGUUCUGAUACGAAGUCUCGGAAGGAGCCCAACACAAAGAAUUCUACGUUGCACACAACAGAAGAAACUGCUAAGCAAAGUUCUGAAAGAGAUGAAGGUUCGUCCAGAAUUUCCAACUCGUAUAAAAGUAACUUAUUCAGUUCCCAAAGUUAUUUCCAUAAUGGUGAUUAUAAAAGUGUUUUGUUAAAUAGGCGAGAUAUUAAAAGGCCUAAAAGUAAUCGUGGGAUAGAAGAUACCAAUAAAUUUGCUGCAGAAACUCCAAAACGAGACGCCCAUGAUUUGGAUCUAACUUCUUCGGCAGAAAAGCAAAUCAUACACAAAGGAAAACAUUUGCGUGAAUCUAGCAGGUCCCUUAGAUCAAUGCGUGAAUUAAGAAGCUCGGUGACCUCUAUUUCAGAUCUUUCCGAUCUGUCACAGUCAUCUGGAUCUGGAGUAGGUGGCACCUUUUCUCCUGAAGAGAAUGCGAUAAAUAUUAGGGGCUCCAGCAGUACUUCAAACGAAGGGCAGUAUACUCAUACCAAAGAGGAUAUACGUCGUCCAAAUAUUUCUAGUACCAGUUCUAUUUUGGAUUCAACAAAAAAGAAGAGGAAAUUGAAAAAGACGGGUACUAUUAUUUUGUCAGAGGAAAUACCUAAAUGGGAGGCUGCAGCACUCAAAAAAAGAUCUAACUCUGAGAGUUCGAAUAAAAGUAUUGUAUUGGACUUUGCAAAAAGUCGUCUUUCUUCACCUCAGACCGAGCUAGCCGCCAAUAGGCCUAACUCAAAGAAUACAAUCUUGGACGAUAGUUAUGACACAUUUGAAUUCAGCAGUAAUGGGAACAGUGGCUUCGUAAUACCUCCAGAUGCCUUCAAGUCGCCUCGAAAAAUAAAACCUACCGUGGAUGUCGAAAAGAAACAGACUGGUAUUUUAGGAAUUAUCAAAGGAACAGCUCAAUCCUUACAAUCCAUGUCCAGAUCACCGAGACAUAUUUCAAUUGGAAAAAUAAGUAGCAGCCUCGAUGUAAUAGACACAAAUAUCCAGUUGAGUGAUAAUGAAAGCGAAGUUAACUCUAAUUUCUCAACACCUGUGGCUAGUCCUAAAUCGGUUCCGCAUCUUAGGCCACGUAAACAAAUGCAUCAUUUUGUAAUUGAUGAUGUUGCAUCAGAAAGUGAGUCUGAAUCAUCUGCAACCCAAGUCUCUGCAACACACUCAAUUGCAUCAAACUACGUUUCGCAAGCGGUAACAGGUGCUCAAGUACAAUCUGUUGCUCCCAAAUCCUCUAGAAUUGAAAAGUUAACUAUAGAUAAGAGUGUAUUACUCUCAGAUAAUUUCCAGUUACAAGAUCAUGGAACCCCGGAGACUUACAGUUCAAAAAAUUGCGAUUCUCGGAACCAAACAGCAAAUAUGGAAAUCCCUGAACCGUUUGAAAGCCUUCCUAGUUGGAAUUCUUUGCCAAAUACUAGUUUUGAUAAUACAAAUAAAGAUAGAAUUAUGUUGAGCAAUUUUUUGCAUGGUCUACUGAAAUAUAUUAACGUCAACGAUGCAAAUCUGAACCGGGAUAUUGAUGGCAAUAUUAAUUACUUUAUUCAACAGAUGCCCGGAAACGAAUUAGAUAUGACAUUUGCAGAAUGGUUAGACCAUAAAGUUAGAGAAUUGAAAGAUGAAUAUCUGAAGGAACUUGUUAAGAAGAAGGAACUUUUGUUAAAGCAAUUCAGGGCUUCUGAGGAAAUGGUUAAAAAUAUUACCGAUGGUAAAAUAUUACUUGAACUUGCUGAACGGUUUGAAAUUUAUUAUUAA